AUGACGGUGGAUUUAAAAUGUUUGGUUGCUAUACGUAUAGAGCUUUUAAUUAUUUUUUUGGAGGCGGAGCUUAGCACGUGGACGUCGUUCCUGCAGCGCGCCGUGGACGCCACCUACAACACCGAGGUGGUCAUAGACAACCUGCACAACAUGAUCACGGAGCAGCGGCGCUGCGUGCGCGAAGUGUCGGCGAGCAACGUGUUCACGUCGCUGUGCGGAGAGGCGGUUGAGGCGGCGGAGGCGGCGGAGGCGGCGGAGGCGGGCGAGGCGCUAGAGGUGGGGGAGGCGCGGGAGGCGAGCGAGGCGGCAGAGGCGCGCGAGGCGGGCGGCACCCCGCGCACCCCGCUCGAGAGGCGCGCCCCCUCGGCGGUGAGCAGCACGCCCAUCGCGCGCGAC